GUCACGUGAUCAAAACAAGAACGGCAAGAAAUUGACAUUUGAAAGAGGAAGUGAAAUUUUUGUUAAAAUAUUAUAUUAUUGAGAUGUAACAUGUAAUUACAACUAUGGAUAAUACCAUUUGGAAACCAUCUAAAAAGAAAUAUGGUGUUGCCAUAUGUAACUAUAGAGGGUCAGGGGAGACAACUCUGUCAUUAUGUGUGGGAGAGCCUGUGCACAUCUUUGAAGAAUAUGGCUCAGGAUCAACAGCUUGGUAUAGAGGCGUAUCCCUGAAGAAUAAGGAUAAAAUGGGUGUGUUUCCAGCAUGUCUUAUCCACAUCAAGCCAUGUGACUUUCAAAAUGAAGGACUGUAUGAGACUAUCACACCAAAGGAAGACAUAAUGGCCAGGGAAGUAGGAUAUGUUUUACAUGAGUGGAAUGUCAUUUGGAAAGAUCUGUAUGUGAAAAACACUGCAUUGUUUGAAAAGAUCAUGACAAGUAUGGAGGAAUUAAUUCAACUACGGGCACAACUGGUGGAUAAAAAUCUCACAGAGGAAGAUGCUAGAGAUGUGAAAAAUGAUAUAGUCAGUGUUAUAGACUGGGGAAAUGGUCAGCUGGAUCUGGACCUUGUGCCAAGAAUAGAUGGUGAACAGGUUGAUGCUGAUGCUUGCAGUCUCACUCAGUUAUACAGGGUACAUGUGAACAGUGCAAAGAUUGCUCUUGCAGAUAAGCCACAAAGAAAGCGGCGAAAAACGAUGCGAUCAUUAAAAGGUGAGGUAGCAAUGGAAGCUGGUCUCACUACACAUCAUUUACUCGUUAGUUUCAAAAAUUUUGGGUGCCAUGUUGGUGACAAAACAGAAACUCUUCUUUCACUUCAUCAAUACAAAGACAACAAACUGACCUGCCUCACGGAGAAGUUUUUAGUACGUCACACUGUGAAAAUGGUUCCAGAGGACAUGGAUAAGCUGUAUAGCUAUUAUGGUCUCUUCACAGAUCUGAGCACUGAAGAAAUAGAGAAAGAUCUUUACCUUGUGGCACAUAUAUAUAGGAUAGGCAGUAUGAAGCAGGACCAUUUAAAGAAGACACCGAAGGUUACCUUCAAACGACCAUGGGGUGUUGGAGUUCUACUGAUCGACAAAAGUAAAUUGACUGCUCUGAGUUUGGCUCGAUUACCCGCAAAUUUUAAAGACUACGAAUACCAGAUGAAAGUUAAUGACUGCCAUGAUAAUGAGGACCAGUUUUCACCAUUUCAUAAAGAAAUCAUCAAGAAACUAACACAGACAGCAGGAAAUCAACUCGACAACAAGGGCAAACAAGGUCCUAUGUUGACAGUGUCCCUUCAAAUACUGCAUGGUGAUUUAUCAACAGUGAAGAAAGAGGACCCAAUGUUGUUCAGUAAAGGUGUGGCUCAGAUACAGAAACUUGGCUUCACCGAGGAUCUCUCACCAGUUACAUUUCGGGAGCAUCAGCUGCAUGGUGAAGUUCGCAAUGACCUGUAUGUUACCUUGAAAAGUGCAGAGUUGGAUAGAGGAAGUAAAAAGUCUCAGAAAAAUGUAGAAGUCAAGGUCACAGUUCUCAAUGAGGCUGGAAAAUUGAUAGAGAACUGUAUAACAUAUGGUUGUGGAGAACCUCCGGCAUCAGAAUAUCACUCUUCAGUACAUUACCAUAACAACAAACCAGACUGGAAUGAAACCAUCAGGAUCUCGGUUCCAAUAGAUAUCUUCCCAGGAUCUCAUCUCUGUUUUGAACUCUUCCAUUGUUCAGUAUCAAACAGCAACAAAGAAAACAGAUAUCCAUAUGGUUUUGCAUUUGUACGAGUGACAAAUGGCUUCCAAUAUAAAUCAAGAUAUUUCAGACAUGUGUGUAUAAAUAUACUAUUUAUGUAUCUAUUACAGUGUGAUGAGAAGCACCCUGUGAACAAGCAGCAGUAUUUUCAGUUACCAUUCCUACUGGAUGAUCUCAAUGACCCUCAUAAGAUACCGCACAUUCCAAACAAGCUCAUGUUCAAGGCCAAUGAGCGUGAAUCUCUCUCCAUUUCAACCCUAUUGUGUUCAGGAAAGUUCACACAGAAUGGUGAUUUGCUCGGAAUACUGAAUUGGAAAGGACCACAGUUCACGGGCAAACUUGGGGAAAAUCUUGACAAAUUGUUGAAGAUGCAGGGAGAUGAAAUUGUCAAAUUUCUACAUGACAUAAUGGAUGCACUCUUUGACAUGUUGAUGGAAGAUACAAGGACAAAAAAUUACUCCAGUAAAAUAUUCCAAUGCAUGGUGAACAUUUUCACAUUGAUACACCAUGUCAGGUUUGAAACUUUUAAACCUGUGCUUGAGAACUACAUAGCUGACACCUUCUCAGCAACUCUUGUACAUAAGCCCCUCUGUGACUGUUUUGCCGACCUGAUUGAUUCUGCAUGUAAAGAUGUACGGAAAACAAACUUGCAACUUAUACAGAGCUUCCAGGUGAUGGAUUAUAUCUUCCGAUUUGUUGUACAGUCACGUCUGCUGCAGAGAAAAGAUGUAUAUAGCCGAGGUUCAGGUGAUGCUGCAGAAUUCAGGGACAAUAUACACAAAGUGUUCGUCAGUAUGGGAACGUUACUGUCUUCCACAUCAGACAACCUAAAAGCUUACCAGGUUGAAUUGCUACAUCAUCUACACCUAGUUUAUGCUCCUCUUAUGGAGAUACUGUCAGACAAAGAUAUGGCAGAAUUUCUACAGCUAACUCUAGAACACAUGCCAGAUGUAUCCAAACUUCCUGAAGACAUCACCAGAGUUAAAAUAGAACUGCUGCAGAAAACUAUAGAAACCAAACUCUUCUGUUCUGAUGCAUCGAGGUGUAUGUUGCUGCCGUUCUGUCUAGAGGAAAUAAAGAAGUGUUUUGAGCAGAAGAUACUGAUGAGAGUGGCGACAGAACUUUUGUCAGAUGUCAUGGACUGUGUCUUCAAAAUGAAACAGGCUUACGAAAACACACGCUUGGUUGAUGUAGGGACUGUAAGCAUCAAGGAAGACAUACAACAUAUCAUACAGGCAAUAUUUGAUGUUGUCAUGGAAACAAUACUUUACCUUAGAGAUACAUUUUCUACAAGGGAAUUAUACAGUGAGGAAGGGGAAGAAUGUAAUUACAGACGAUCAGUAAAAAGACCUCGUAAAGCACCAGCCAGGAGCAAAACACACACUGGAUUUACCAUGAAAAAUGAGGCUGGUCUGAACCGGAAACUGUGUCAGGGUCUCGAGACUUUGAUGUUACCUGUGGUCACUGUCAAUGAAGGGAAUGAAAAAUCUUCAAGAUCAGUAUCACCUCGGCGUAAGAUCUCGGAGUCCAGUACGAAUAGGAGUACAGUAUCAUUGCUAGAAUGGAUGAAAACAAGAGGAAAUGUGAAGGAACCAGAUUCCGAUGCUACAGAAGAGAAACCUGCAACACGUUUAUCCUAUGAUGGAUCAUUAGAGAAACGAGAAAACCGGAAUUCCGAUGUUGUUGACAUUACGAUUACCCCGGAGAAGCCGAUGGAAUGUGGGUCUAUGAUAGCAUGUUUGAUGGAGAUGCUACGCCUCAUGGAGGAGGAACAUUACGAAGCUUUGCUUCAUGUAUAUCAUCGCGGACCUGAACUACGUCAAUUCCUUAUGAACAUUAUAGAUGUGUUUCAAGUGUUAGUCGACCCAAAAGUGUUCUCUCCAGAUUGGACCGUCAUGAGAAUGGCCACAAAUUAUGUUGUGUUCACAUCAAUGGAGUAUUUUUCUGAAGCACUGAAGAAUAACUUUAUUGCAGGAGACAAAUUUGAUGCAAAGGUAUGGAUGAGUUAUUUCCAGCUUGCAGUGUCAUUUAUUACACAGCCUAGUCUUCAGCUUGACAGAUACUCCGAGGUGAAAGCUCAGAAAGUCCGAGAUAGGUACGAGGACAUGAGAGUGUUGAUGGGCAUUCAGGUGGAGACAUUGUGGCAUGCACUUGGGGUACACAAGAAAGACUUCAUACCUAGUAUGAUAGGGCCAUUCUUGGAGCUCACGCUGGUUCCUGAGGUGGAUGUCCGCAAAGUCACCCUGCCAGUUAUAUUUGACAUGAUUGAAUGGGAACAGAGACAGAAUGGAAACUUCAAACAGGUUGAAGCAGAGCUUAUAGAGAGAUUAGACUAUUUCCUCACUCAGAAACAUACAGGAGACACCCAGUACAAAAACCUCUUCAAGGAGAUAUUGUUGGAACGUGUGCAGUCGGAGCCAACGUUACAUGAGAAUGGGACACAGUUUGUCAUCUCCGUGACACACCUGCUGGAGAGGCUCCUAGAUUACAGGCAAGUUGUGGAUGGAGAUGAAAAUAGGGACAAGCGUAUGCACUGUACAUUUAAUAUACUUAAUUUCUACAAAGAUGAGAUCAAUAGAGAAGAGAUGUACAUCAGAUAUGUCAACAAACUGCACGAGCUGCACAUGGUUGCUGGCAACCAUGCCGAGGCUGGGCUCACGCUGCAGUUAUAUGCAAAAAUCCUCAACUGGAGUGACAGCUAUCUUCCCGAGGAGAUGAAAUAUAAACAGGAACGGGAACGAGAUAGGAAGGAAAUGCUGUAUACACAAAUUAUAAAUUGCUUUGAUAAAGGAAAAGUAUGGGAAUACGCUCUGCCACUGUGUAAGGAUCUGGCCGAGUACUACGAGAGGAACCUUGACUACAAAAAACUCGGUGAUAUACUGAAACAGCAGGCGUCAUUUUACCAGAAGAUUUUAGAGGGGGUACCAGGGGAGGAGCAAGGGGAACCAGACACUUUCUACCCCAGACAGGACCCCUCUUACUAUAGAGUGUCUUAUUAUGGUCAGAGCUUUCCAGCAUUUGUUAGAAAUAAACAGUUCAUAUAUCGUGGGGAUGAGUGUCUGAAAUUGGCCACCAUUAUGAAUCACCUUACAGCCGAGUUCCCUACAGCUCAGAUCAUGUCAAAGAAUGACCCUCCAAGUGAUGACAUCAUCAAUGGAGAACAACAGUAUAUACAGAUUUGUUCUGUUAAGCCUAUACCUGCAGAUAGGCCGGAGUUUCAUGGUAGAGAGGUUCCACCAGAGAUACGCAACUUUUACAAUUACAAUGAGGUAAAUACAUUCCAGUACGACAGACCAUACCACAGAGGCACUAAAGAUCCAAAUAAUGAAUGCAAGACAUUGUGUAUUGAGCGUUCAAAGAUGAAGACAACCUAUAAGUUCCCAGGUAUUUUACGAUGGUACGAGGUUACCAGUAUUGAGAUGGAGAUGCUGUGCCCAAUACGUGUGGCGAUUGACCAGUUGAAACAGAACAACAGUGAACUGCAGAUCCUGAUCACACGAUGUCAACUUAAUCCAAAACUGUUCUUCUCACAGCUAGAGAUGAAAUUGAAUGGCAACAUUGCCGCUUCAGUACAGGGAGGCAUUGCCAAAUAUCAUGAGGCAUUUUUUACAAAAGAGUUUGAGACAAACCAUGCAGAUGAGGCAAUAUUUCUAGAUCAGAUGAAGUACCUGCUUCAUGAACAGGUGAAAAUGUUACAGACUGGGAUGCAGAUACAUGGAAGACUAGUACCAGACCAGCUGAGACCAUUACAUGACAACCUUGAAAUAGAAUUCAGAAAGAUGAAAAGGGCUGUAAAUGAACAUGGUUCUCCAUACAAUUCUCAAGUAAGCUUGAAAAGUAUGGGAUCUGAAAGGCCGGGGACUCCAGGUUCCACUAGUAGCAGUGGACGGUCAUCAACUUACUCUCACGAUGAGGAGACAUCGGGUGUCAUACAUCCAGAGACAGUGAGUUAUGAGAUAUAUUCAAGGCCAAAUAGUCAAGGUCAGGACUUGCCAUUUAACCUAGCUGCUCAGAAUAAAUCUCGACGGAGUUACGUGCCCUUCCCAGAAGAGGGGAGCAGCAGUAUUCCCCCACCCAUUCCCUCCAGACCUCACUCUAUGCUACUGUCCACUCAUGGAUUCUCACAGAUGUCUCCAGGUCUAAAAGGCAGUAAAGCCACGACUGGGAGUGACCCUCUCUUAGCAGCAAGUUCAGCAGGUUCUCCACAGUCAGCUAGGUCACCAGGUAAUAUGCCACGUGGAGUGCGAGUGAACAGACGUGAAACAAUAUCUACAGUCGGACCACCACCGCAGCUUCCACAGAGGCGGAGACCUUCUGAAGUUCCACAUCCAUCAGAAUCAGACAUGCACUACCGCACAGACCACGUCUCACCACUUAAUUCUCCAUCAAUACCUACAUUCAGCUUAUCGAACGGAGCACCACCUGAGUUACCACAAAAAUUACGGGAUACUAAUAAAAAGAACAUCCUGAAUGAAAGUCAUCCAGGAACUCCGAAACAGUCAUCUCCUAGCAGCCAUAGAACAGAUGGCCCAGUCCCACCACUGCCACCUCGGAAGGGUUCAGACUUUGGACUUCCUGUAAACCAUGCAAGGAGUGACUCCGAGAACCAUAUCAGACCUUCAAGGUUGUCUGUGAAAGGUGUAGCGGCUGAAUUCAAUGCUUCCCAGAGUUCCCCUACAACAUCACAUAAACCAGUCGCCACAGGAGAAAGUGGUCCACCACCAAUACCAAAACGGACGGACAGAAAAUCCCCAUUAUCCAGUCCAAAAACACUUGAGUUUAAAGACGAGCAUUCUACAAACUUUUGACUGAAUUGAUAUAACCAAGUGGAUAUAACUGUGUAUAUAUUGCAAAUUUGCAGAGGUCAAAGAAAUUGUGUUCUGCUUGUCUUCUGUUUAUUAUUUCCAAAGCUAGAUUUUAUCUUAACUGUAAAUUAUUUUCUUAUGAUAUAUAUAUAUAGUGUGAGAGGAAAAUAUAUUAUGUAGUACAAUAACAAGAGGGUUUUUAAUACUUUUUGAGAAGAUCUUUGUUUUGCUAUGUUGUUUGGUUAGGGGGAUAGGUAAAUCAUUUUAAAUGUUGAUAAAAAUUGUAAAUAAUUACUUUUGUUCAGGAUUUUAGACAAUAAGUGGCCAAGAAUUAUACAAUUUUAGAUUGUCUACUGUAAUAUAUUAAUGUUAGUUAUUUUUUAUAUUUAUUUAAGUCUGACCUGAUAUAUGUAAAUAAUUGAUCAUAUAAAUUGUAUGUAAAUAUAGAUAAAGAAAGUGUUAUUAAUAUUUUAAUGUGCUUAUAAUGACUGUAUGAAUUUGUUUACUCUCUGAAUAUGUGCUUCAUUGCUUUGUGAAAUGAAUUUGUUAGGCCAAGCACAGAAUUUACAUUGUCAACCCCUCGAAAGCUAAGCAAUGAACACAAUGAUAAAGAUAGGGCAGAGUAAUUUAGCUUUAUAGAUUGAUUAUUUAGAGACUACGGAGGUCUAUCACACUCGCCCUAGUAUUGCCAUCACCAUUGCAUUUAGGUUGGAUUUUGUAGUUGGUUUGCUUUUGGGCUCCCUUUCUGUAUUUCACUGAUCUUUUUUUAAUUGGCAUAAUAAUAAAUUAUAUUACAAGCAGAUUUUUUAUUAAUAAGCAUUUUCCAUUAGACAGACAUCUGAAAGAUGUAUUCAUUGUAAUGUAACUUUUCGAGUUGAAACCGUUCCUAUUUUUAUCACACCAUUUGCUGUAGCUCUUUGAACAAAAUGCUUAGCAGUUUCAUUCAGUUUUUAGCUCAUCUGAUUUUUUGGAAAAAAAUGAUGAGUUAUUGUCAUCACUUGAUCGGUGUCGGCGUUUCCUGGUUAAGUUUUAUGUUUAGGUCAGCUUUUCUCCUAAACUAUCAAAGGUAUUGCUUUGAAACUUGCAACACUUGUUAACCAUCAAUAGCUGACCCUGUACAGCAAGAAACAUAACUCUAUCCUGCUUUUAAAGAAUUAUUGCCUGUUUUGGACUUAGAAAAUCCGAUUUCUUGGUUAAGUUUUAUGUUUAGGUCAGCUUUUCUCAUAAACUAUCAAAGCUAUUGCUUUGAAACUUGCAACAGUUGUUCACCAUCAUAAACUGACCCUGUACAUCAAGAAACAUUACUCCAUCCUGCUUUUUUGCAAGAAUUAUGGUUCUUUUUGGACUUAGAAAAUCAUGGGUAGGACAAUAUUUCUAUUAUACAAAAAAAUCAGAUGAGCGUCAGCACACACAAGGCGGUGCUCUUGUUUAGUUCUGUUUUGUGCAAAAUAAAGUCUGUAAAGUAAGGGAAUUAUUGUAUUUCAGUUGCUGUUUACAUAAAACUUUAUAUGAAAGUUUGCAUAAAGUUAGGACAAUAUUGAUCAACAAUAAUUACGUUAAACAUGAAGUGUUACAUUUGAAGUAUAUACAUUUUAUAAAAAGUUUAGUAAAAGAAAUGUUAUUUUGAUAUUAAAAGGUAUCAUGUUAAUCUUUGAUUUAUAUGGAAUUUAGAAAUUUUUAAAGAUGUUAAUAUUAAAAAUACAGUUGAUUAUUUUAACAUUGAAUCCAGUUGUGUAUACUGUGUUAUGAUUUUAUAUUAUUAUUAUCUUCCAGUGACUGAAUUGAAACCAAUAGCAACUCAUCCAACAUAAACAGCAGCUAUUGUCCUUGUUUUAUAAAAGUGUUUUUUUCUGCAUAAUAAGUGAUGUUGUUUCGUCUUCCAAAUGUUGUUAUGUUUAGUUAAUUAUGUAUUCUUAUAAUAUUUCAAGUGCCAUUUUCUAACUUGUUUACAUUAUUUCUACAAACAUUUGAUUACAGUAACCUUUAGCCUGUGGGCAGACAGUGAUUUUGCCUUUGCCACCAGUGCAGACCAAGAUCAGCCUCUGUGCAGGUUGAUCAUGGUCUGCACUGUUCGCUAUUAAGUCAGUAAUUCUUCAGUGAUCACCCCUUCGAAUAAUAAAUGACACGGCCCAAAUUGAAUGAUAGACCAGUUCAUUUUAGAAAUUUAUCAGGCUAAGGGUUUUACAUUCAAUUUUAAUUUUUAUAACCAAGUUCAGUAUCUGGAGAACUACUCAGUGAACACAAAGUUUUAUACUUGUUCAAGUCCUGUACUAAUACAGCCUGUAUCUGUUGAGGCAGGUAAGAUAAAUUAUCAAAAUUAUAUUUUGCAUUUGCUUUCCUCAUUGUUUUGAAAACUGUUAAAAGUCUUUCUGAAUAUAUUUUCUGUUACGUUUUACGUUUUAUUUUUCUUUCAAACCCAGUUUGCAUACGAAGCUUCAAGAAGUGCUAGAAGUGGUAUUAGUUUAACCCUUACCAUGCUGGACACGUUGAUUCUGCCUUUGCGACCAAUGUAGAUCAUGAUCAGCCUGCACAUCUGAUCAUGAUCUGCACUGUUCACUGUUCAGCCAGUAUCUUUUUGAAGCAUCCCUUGUAACAGUUGAUGGUACUGUCCAAAUUGGAAGAUGGACAAGUUCAUUAUAGAAAUUUAGCAAGGUAAGGGUUAAAUUACAGCACAUUUUAUUCAGUUUGCUAGAAACUACAUUUUAUAUCUAGAAAUCUUUGCACACUGGGAUUGUGAGUUAAGGGACAAGUCUGUAAAGUCCAAAGAAUCUGACUGGUUUAUUACAAGAUCUUUUAAUUGACCAAAGAAUGUAGCCUCCAAAUGCAAGUUUUAUAAUCUAUGGGCCAGAAAUGACAAGUUUUACAUGUAUUCAUCUUUCUGUACCCUGCAAGCUUGACUUGUAUAUUUUGCAGGUGGAAAACAUUGGAGCAUUUUAACCUUGCAAGUUUUAUAUAUAAAAAAAAAAAGCUACAUGACCUGUGUGAAUCUGAUGUAGACAUUUUAUUUUUUUAUGUACUUUGUUUUUGACUUAUCCCUGUCUCUGUGAUACUUGAAUGUUAUUGUUUUUUUGCUUAAUGAAACUCUAUUUGUUAUGAUUCCUUUAAUAUCUGUGAAUUAUGUAAGAAAAUGUCUUGGACUGGAAUUUGUUUAUCCUAUUUUAUAGGUAGUUUCAUUCUUUUUGUUGAAGGAUUGUAUGGCUUUAUUAUAUAACUUGGUAAUGAUGCUUUGCCAUUGCUGUUGCUACUUAACCUUUAGCAUGCUAGGUAAAUUGUCGUCUGCUGGAAAUGUCGUCUGCUAAAAUUGGUAAGUUCAUUCAAUUUGCUCCAAAAUUGGAAGAAAUAUUGUCAGAGUAGCAAACAGCUUGGAACCUGAUCAGACGCCGAUUUAAUCGGCGUCUGAUCUGGUUCCAAGCUGUUUGCAAAGGCUGUUAAAUUCGCCCGCAGCAGGCUAAGGGUUAAUUUAGUUCAUUAGAAAAUUUUUGAUCUUUUAUAAUUAUGAACUUUGACCUUUUCGAAAUUGGUUUUAGAUUUGUUACUUUAGCAUAUCCAGUGGUCAUUUAAUGAUGAUUUUUAUAUUUUCAGGCUUUUAUUUUUUGUGUAAGGUAUUGUUAACUUUCUGAGGGGCUUACAUUCCUAGGGAAGGAAGUUUAUUUGGCAAUUAAUUAUAAACAACCAGACCUGUCAUAUAUUUUAAAACUAAUUAAUACAUCAUAAUUAUGUAACAUGGUAGCCUGAAUAAAUCCGAAUUUCAUCAUGAAGUAUUGGUCUUAUUUGAACAUGUAAACAUGUAAUAAACAGAAGAUUCGUUGAUCUUCACCAAUUAGCAUAUAUAAAAAGAACAUUUGUUUGUUUUCAGUGAGAUAUCGAAAUAUAUAUUCACCGAUAAGGGAGAUAACCUGAUAUUUUCACUCAGGCUCCGUCUUCGUGAAAAUAUUCAAUUGUCUCCCUUAUCGGUGAAGAUAUAUUUUGAUAUCACACUGCAAACAAACAAAUAUCCUCUAUAUGUAUAAUAAAAACUUUUGCAAGUGUGGGCUAUACAGCUUUAUUUUGUGUGUUGUCUCUAGCAUAUAUUGCUGAACAACAACUUUAUUUUUUUCUGCUAGAAUGACAUGUUAAUUUUGAAAACUAUUAAAUAUUUGAUUUAGUUAUAUAAGAAACAUUCCGUAAGUAGUAGAAUGUCCAGAAAUAUUCUUUAAAGCUUAACCAUUGUUAUAAUAUAGACAGAUUUCUUGAAAGCACAGUUUAAAUUAAAUCAUGAACAUUAUUAUUUGUCUCGACUAGUGGUACAAAAUAGAUGCUUACUAACUGGCUAGCCGGUAUUUACUUUAGACCAUCAAAAUUUUGUGUUGAGCUAUAGACCAGUCAAUAGUACAAAGUAUAUACUGACAAUCUAUAUAAGGAGUCGUGUAAUAACUUUUGGUCUUUACUUGUAAGCAAAAAAGCUGCUCUAUUGACACAAGUGUGCAGUAUGGAUUUUUUAUUUUUAAACUGUUUAAAACAGAGAUGCAAUAUAUUAAUACAUCCUGGAACAAGCUUAACACUUUACUGAACAUUCCUCGCUUCCUGCUAAGCUGUUUGGAAAAUUGUAGAGAAAAGUUAAGAAUGACUUGUGUAAAGUUUUAAUAAAUAAUACAGAAAUAUAAUAAAAAAUAUACAAAAAAUGUUAAUAAAUCUUCAUUAAAUAUCACAAUACAAAUUCUUUGUCAUAAAAUAAUAAACAACAGAAAGACACAUAAACCAAACUUGGUAAACAAAAAACAAAAUUUUGAGCAGCACCAUGAGAAAACCAACAUAGUGGCUUUGCGACCAGCAUGGAUCCAGACCAGCCUGCGAUCCGCGCAGUCUGGUCAGGAUCCAUACUGUUCGCCAAUGGUUUCUCUAAUUACAAUAGGCUUUGAAAGCGAACAGCAUGGGUGCUGACCAGACUGCGCGGAUCGAAGGCUGGUCUGGAUCCAUGCUGGUCGAAACGCACUAUGUUGGUUUUCUCAUGGCAUGGCUCAAAUAGAUACAAAACAUAAGUUGUACAAUGUCGCUGUAAACAUGUUCUUCCAUACACAAACACUUGAUCAUUGAUUAUAUGCCAAACAUGCAGGUUUGACAAGUUAAGGCUUUUACAUCAGCAAAAGAGGGGGACUCAUUUCACAUAUUUUUGAAAAUGACAAAUUGCUAAUACAGUCAGAAAAAUCUUACUUGAUCCUUAGUUUGGUGGAAACAAGAAAAUACAGAAAUGCGAAUCUGCCAUGUAUUGCAACAUACUUGCUAGUGUAAACAGAUUGAAAUGAAAUUACAAUUUUAUGAAAUUAACUAUCAUCUCAACUUUUUUUCUGGUUUACACUAAUUACUGAGGCAUUAAAAAUGAUGGACUGACAUUUUUUGAAACUCUGGUUUUUUUUGCAUGAAAAAAGAAGAAGACUUUUUAAAGGUUUCUCACUUUGAAGGAAACCACCAUAAUCUUACAGGAAUAUAAUUAUGCAUGGCAUGCUUUAUAAUCUUUUUCAGAGAUAUUUUUAUGAAAUAUACCAAGUUUCAGAGUAAUCAAGACAGUUCUAUCUAUUUUGUGUAUAUACAUUUUAUGUAUAUGUUGUUAUGCAGUAGAUCUAACUCACAAAUCUAUUACAAAUGAUACAAUAAACCAUACUAAAAUGAA